AUUAAAAAAAAAAAUAAAAGCGGCUGUAAACAUUGAAAUCGUAAAACAUUAUUUCAAUUAGAAAAGCUAAAAAAUAAAUAAAAAUACAAUUAUGAAACAACGAUGUCGUUGUUGCUUGAUAACAAAUUCCAAUGACUACUAUGAUAUAUUCGAACAACAUGUAUCGGGAACAUCUUACGCUGAGAACAUAUGCUUUUUAGCUGAAGUACAAAUAGACCAGGACGAUGGCUUACCCCAAGUGAUAUGUUCCAAUUGUUACAAUGAAGUCCAGCGUAUCUAUGAGUUUAGCUUGAAUGUACGUCUGGCCGAUGAAAGGUUAAGGCAAGAAUUGGAAGGCGCAAAAAAACAAAUGGUUGUGGAAGAGGAGGAGGAACAAAUGGAAAAUGUUCAGGUUCUAGAAAAUGAAUAUUUUUCUUCUGUUGAUGAGAAUGGUAUGCAGGUGUGCGUUAUGGAAGAAAUAUUGGAGCAAGAAAAUGAACACGAUAAUGAGCUUAUAGUGGAGGAAAUUAAUGAUGUGGAUGAAAUACAUAUGGUGGAAGAAAUAUUAGAAUCAAAAGAACAGGAAACAGUUGAUGAACAUGAACAUACUUACCAGCAAAAGGAAAACUUAUUAGUGGGUCUAGCUCAAGUUGCUGCCACUCAGGAAAAUGUUAAUAUUACUGAUAGUCAAUGUUCGCCUAACGACACCUUUUAUCCGUCAGAUGAAAAUGAUGAAGACUAUCUAAUAGAAUAUGAACCAAAUGAAGAAAAUAAUUUUGUACCUAUGAAAUGGAAAUGUGGGGAAUGUAAAGUCAUUUUACGAGGCGAUGUAUCUUAUGAGGGUCAUAUGAAUAUACACCGACAAAUACGGCCACACAAGUGCAACGAAUGCCAGUCGGAGUACAGAUGUCGUACUGCCCUUAAACGGCAUAAAGAACUUAAACACUCGUUGCCCUUGAAAAAUGACAGUGCCGCUAAAACAACUCAGCUAUGUCCAUUGUGUAAUAAAGAAUUUUAUGCGAAAAUUAUUUUUCAUCUACAUCAAGCCAUUGUCCAUGAUGAGGGUGACAAAUGUCCUUUGCAAUGUAAUCGCACAGAUAUCGGAAAUUUAAGGGAGCAUUUAGAGAGUAUACACGAAAAGGAAUUAAACUUAGCUGGAUAUAACGAAAUCACCCACCACAUAUUACAAUGCUUUAGAUGUUGUCAAACUUUUGAAGAACUGGCUGAGUUAGAGAGUCAUGCCAAUUUGUGCCGUAAUAUGCAGAAAUCAUUGCAUUUUCAAGAUGAAAAUUCAAUGACAGAAAAUAAGAAUAAUAUGAAAAUUGUUAAAGUUGAAGAAUAUUCUGAUAUUUCGGUACAAUGUAAUAUUUGUCGCAAGAAAUUACUUAAGAAAAACUUGAACAAGCAUAUGGAACUGCAUAAACGAAAGGAGGAAGAAAACAAAGUUCUGAAUGAUACGAAACCAUAUCUUUGUGCCUUUUGUCUGUAUGCAUUUGAAACUAAAGAUGAUUUUGAAGAACAUUGUUCAACAGAAUGCAAAUCAAUCCUCAACAACUGCCCUCAAUCGCAAGAAGACUUCAAUCUAUCCAUCAUACAUCCACAGGAUAAUGAAAUAUCCUGUUUUCAUUCGCAAGAAAACUUUGAACAACCCAACAAAAAUUCACAGGAUAGUGAAAAGAAUGUUGAUUCGCAAGAAAAAUCUAAACAAUCCACCAAAAAUUCACAGAAUAAUAAAAAGAAUGUUCAUUCACAAAAAAACAGUAAUCAACCUACAAAAGAUUCACGGGAUAGUGGAAAAAAUGUUCAUUCACAAGAAAACUUGAAUCAACCCACUACACAUUCACAGGAUAGUGAAAAAAUAGUUCAUUCGAAAAAAUCUAAUUGCAUUUGUUAUGAAUGUGGUAAUACGUUCAGUGGUCGUGUGCAACUAUCCGCUCACAAAAGAUUACAUAAAGAACGACCCUUCAAAUGUGAUCAAUGUGAUAAGGCCUAUCCCCGUCAAGUAGAACUUGUUAUACAUAUGCGCAGCCAUACAGGAGAACAGCCCUAUGCCUGUCAUUUAUGUGACAAACGUUUCGCCAUUAAGGUUAGACUAACUUAUCACUUGCAAAAACAUCAGGGUAUUACGCAUGCUUGCAGCUAUUGUUCGGCGGUUUAUGAUAAUCGAAAUAAGCUUAAAGCUCAUCUAUUCAAACAUACAGGGAUGCCUUAUAAGUGUGAAUACUGCCCGGAACUGGGUUUUGAUAGGAGAAUAAGGUUUGCUAAUCAUAUGAUACGAGUCCAUCAGAAGUUUCUUACCCAUGAAGAAUUAGCAGACAUUUUUGCUAAAAAUACGGGAAAAACUGUGCACUUUAAGAAUCCAGUAAGCUGAGGGGGCAGUUUUCUGUAAUAAAGUUUGGUUACAAAAAACAAAAUUAAUAGUUACAAAACAAAUUAAAUUGUACUGAUAAAUUUCGAUAAAUUUUAUAUUUUUGAAAAUGUUAUAUUAAUUUUAAAAUAACUCAUAAAAAAUUCUUUU